AGACCAUCCGCUCUGGCUCGCCCGAGUGCGGCCGGCACGCGCCAUGGGCCAGUGUGCUCCGUAUUUCCAUUGUGGCUCCAGCUUUGUGCAAGAUGUCAGGAGCUGCGAGGGAGGCUUCCACUCGGUGACCAAACAGCACCUGGAAGCGGCUUUGGCUCGCUUCAAUGAGGUCGGUGCCACCUCGGCGCAGUCCACUCUGAAAGGGGGUGAAGCGUGGAACCAUGCUUUCAGCAUCGCAGCGGCCCUGCUGCGCGGCCUCUAUUCGCACAUCCCACGGGUGGUCAGGAGUGUGGAGUUCGCAGAAGGUGCCGAUUGCAAGCCGCACUUUUCGAAGCUGCCCACGAGAGGGAAGGACUGCUUGGCGACCCUUUGUGUGAAACUCUCCCAGAAGGAGGUGUACGGAGAGAUCGCCACACGCUCGCGGAUCGGCGCCUAUUUGCGGCUCCACGGGGAGGUGAUCUUCGCGGUGCUGCGGCCGCCGAGGGACCUGAGCGUAGCGCCUCUGGUCUUAGAAGUGACCGGCUUUGAUUUCACCACGCUUCCGGAGUCGAUCAAGCUCCGACAGCACCUGAAACAGGUGCUUGGUGCGGAGUACUCGCGGAAGAGCGCCACGGCGUACUACGAGAAGCACAAGGAUGAGCUGAUCCCGUUAAAGGACUCGAAACUUCGGAGGAUUUUGGCCUCCGUCUUCGAGAUGAACUCCUUGAUGAGUGUGGGGAUUCCCGACUGGGCUGUGGGCCGAGCUUUGUGGGGCAUGCUACACAUCUGGAGCCGCGCGUACGAAAGCUUCGAGUUCUGGGAUGAGGGGAGGAAUGGGAUCCGGGUCACUGUGGCCUGCAACACCUCCACCGACCCCGACGAUCAAGAAUGCUUCCAGAACAAUCGCGACCUCUUCCAAUUCCAGAUGAGCACCCCCGGCGACCGUGCCUUUGGGGAACGCUUCUUCAAGUCUGGCUACAACAUCGGCUUUUUGAGUUUCGGCCGAAUGCUGGGGCUGCCAGGUGCCAACCCCCAAGUGAUAGCCAAAUUGUUUUCGGCAGCGAAUACCUGGGGUCCCGGCCGGUCAGGUUGGCAAAGCUAUGAUGAUACCUGGCUUUGCACCGACCGGAAGGACCACCUGGGGAAUGUCGUGGAGGAGCAAGGCCGGACGAUCUGGAUCACCCCCGGCGCCAACCGCAUUCCUUCCACGCCCAAGCAACGAGAACGAGAGGACUUGGUGUCCUCAGAGGUGGUCAGGGCUGACACCGAAGUGGUGCCAGCGAAAACGUGGCUUCUGCCAACGCUACUUUUGCUGGCCCUGACGUGCUUGCUGAUGUCACUGAUUUCGUCCUUUUCCCGCUUGGCCUCCGCUUGAGCGGCGUGAAGGCGGUCGACCGGCUCCGCCGUUUUUCAGGGCCGCGAGGACGGUCCCAUCGGAGAGCGCGGUGUCCACGACCGGGCACGCGGGGACCCUGACCAGAAGCGAUUUGGAGCCACUUCUUGGGGUUAAAGAAGAAGAUG